AUGGCCGUUCGAAGCGACUACGAGCAGUGUAUCGGGGGUGUUGGUGCAGCGUUAUUGUGUGAUCUUGAGAGGAAUGUCACCGAGGCCAAUCGUCUGAUGCGAUUUUCUCAGAGUAUCGCCGACUGCGAAAACGAUAACGACGUUCACAUUAACCAAUUCAAAGAAAUUCGACAACUCGAAAACGACGAGCUUUUAAGGUGUACAAGAAAAGCGAGUGAUCACUCUGGGCAAUCAGUAAGCGAAAUCAGGGUGAGUCUGUUGAAGCGAGAAUAUUUACAGAAGCUUGCUUGUGCUAGUACACCAAUUCCUCAGUCGUUACGGGACAAGGCUAAAGAGGUGUUGAAGGAGCCGAGUGAAUGCCGUGAUCUUUACAUGCUGCAAGUACAACGAUGCAACUUCAUUCGUAAUUGCUGUGAUGAAUAUAUGAGAUGUGCGUCAAAUGCGACAAUAAAUUCGGUGAUUUAUCAAGAAUUGUAUGCGAAAGGUCGUUCGUUAAGUGCCGAAACACGAAGGUGUUUGGAAACGCAAAACAAAAAAUACGAUGGUGGAUCAGAUAUCAGUGAGCAGCCAUAUUUUGAUGAUAUGACAAGUGAGACGAAAUCGCAGCUGUCAGUUGAGGAACAACGCAGAAAACUGGAAGCGGUUUUGAAAUUUUUAAACUCACGAACACAAGCGCAAACAUCCGAAAGCAUCACUACGGUAACCACAACGCCGACAGCUGCAUUAACCACCACAUCCGUUACAACUACAGCGGCACCAACAACGAUCAAGCAUGUGACCUGGAUCUAUCCCACUUUCCCUACAUUACUGCCACCACUGCCCAAUUAUUUCGCGAUCUUGUUUCCACCGCUGCAAACACCUUCAACGCCGGCAACAACUCCGCAAUCCACUACGAAAUCCUCAAGCACUCCGGAAGUUGAAUUCCAUGAUGACCAUACAGCGGACAUUUCUCCAGUGUUGAGUAGUGUCCAUCCGAAUCAGAGCGAUUGGGCGUCGUUUUGCAACGAAUCAUUGAGUUGUGAGCAAGAAUUGCUGAAACUUGAAACGGAAUGCUUUCUGAAACGAUCAGUUAACUUCGAUCAAGAAGAAAUGUUAGAUGCGUUGAUCACUAUAAAAAUUAUCGAAAAUACAUUGGAUACGGAAUCAACACAACGUGCGAGAAGAACAUGUCAGAAUACAAUCAGAUCUGAAGAACUGAAUCAGUUGAAGAAAUCAUUUAAUGAACUAGAAACGAAACGUGUGGAGUGCAUUCAACGGCGUAUUUUGCUGCAGUCAGAUUCAAUUCCACCCAAUGAUAUCAAUGAGACAGGAAUCAAGAUGGAUCAUUGCGAGAGUAAUAUUCUCACUGAAUCGUUAAGUGAAGACCUCGAUUCGAAUUCAACUUAUUCUCAACGACAACAACGGAAUUCACAAGAUUCAUGGGCUGAAAUGUUAUUCGAUAUGAGGAAGUGUGAUCGAGAGAUCAGAACGCUCAAAAGUCGAUGUGAACGCUUAAGACGGUGUUGUCCUCCUGUCCAAACGUGA